AAUGAGUAUUGGGGCCAUUUUUUCAGGCCGUCAAUGAAAGAGGCUUCUGGACGCUUCACAUUACUUAUAGUUCUUCUAACAAAACCCAGAGCCAUAAUUUUCAAAUCAAACAGAAUAAACUUGUCUUUCCAACUUUUGUUAAAAUGGAUGCUGAAAUGGCGAUGGAGCUUGUGAAGCAUGGCCUGACGCUUCUCUUCCUCGACGUUCCUCAGCACACCCUCGUCGGCAUUGAUACUCAGAUGUUUUCAGUUGGCCCUGACUUUAAAGGCAUAAAGAUGAUUCCUCCUGGUCCUCAUUUUGUGUACUAUAGCUCAUCCACCAGAGAUGGCAAGGAAUUCUCACCAAUUAUUGGGUUUUUUGUUGAUGCUGGGCCAUCUGAGGUAAUUGUUCGUAAGUGGGAUCAACAAGAGGAACGAUUAGUCAAAGUACCCGAAGAAGAGGAAGAGAGAUAUUGCCAAGCAGUUCGAAGUUUGGAGUUUGAUAGACAUCUUGGUCCUUAUAAUCUAAGCCAGUACGGAGAUUGGAAACAACUAUCUAAUUACAUUACAAAGAGCAUCAUUCAACGGAUUGAACCCAUUGGAGGAGAAAUUACUGUUGCAUCUGAAUCUACAAUGCGUGUAAACACUCCUAGCACAAUGAUGGAGAAAGCUCUAGAUGAGCAGUUGAAUGCUAGUAGGUGCUCAACACCCAGUGACAAGUCUCAGAUGAGAGGAUGUUACUACACAUCAAUUCCCCGUGUUAUCAAACGAAAGGGAAUCCAUGGCCAACAACUUACUUCUUUGAAUCUUGACAAGACACAAUUAUUAGAAAGUGUACUACUAGAAGAUUAUGGAGGUUCUGAGGACUUGCUUCUCGCAGAGCUGCAAUUUGCCUAUAUUGCAUUUUUGAUGGGGCAAUCACUUGAAGCAUUUCUACAGUGGAAAUCCUUGGUCAGUCUUUUAUUUGGAUGCACUGAAGCUCCUUUCCGUACAAGAAGUCGGCUAUUUGCAAAGUUUAUUAGAGUCAUCUACUAUCAAUUGAAACAAGGACUUCAGAAAGAUUGCUCAGACACGAACAGUGGAUCAACCUUGCUAGAUGAUUCAUGGUUUUCUGCUGAUAGUUUUUUGCACCGUCUUUUCAAGGAUUUUUUUUUGCUGGUGCAAGAUGCCUCGGUUGUUGAUGGAGAUCUUCUAUCAUGGACAAGGAAACUCAAGGAGUUGCUUGAAAACAAUCUUGGAUGGGAAUUCCAGCAAAACAGUGCAGUUGAUGGGAUGUACUUUGAAGAUGAUGACGAGUUCGCUCCUGUGGUUGAGAUGCUGGAUGACCCGAGUUCUAGUGUGGCGCCAUCAGUUUAACACUUAAAUCUCACAUCCUCUACCAUUUAACAUCUACAAUUCAAUCCUGUGGUUUAGAUGUUGGAUGACCUGGGUCGUAGUGAAACGCCAGCAGGUUACGACUUUGGUCAUCUACAGAAGGCUUUAGGUCAUAACCAGUGUGUGAUCAGUAUAAAAUCAUUGCACCUAGAAGACCUUUUUUUUAUAGUACAUGUAACCUUGUAUAGUAUCAUAGUUGAAAUUUCCAUGUAAAUUGAU